CCGGCUGUAAAGAGAAAACCGGCUUCUACCGGCCAGCCGAGAGAGAGAGCGGAGAGCUAGCGGGAGGAUGAGGGACUGACCGGAGACGCCGAGCCCCUAUCCGUCCAGCAGCCGGGGACAUGGCUCAGAGCAAGGACACCCUCAUGCAUCUCCUGGCCGGAGGGUGUGCGGGUACAGUGGGUGCCAUUGUUACGUGUCCCCUGGAAGUAAUCAAGACACGGUUACAGUCCUCAAGAAUCGCCCUGCAACCAGUUUACUAUCCUCAGGUUCAGCUAGGGACCCUCAGCGGAGGAGGAGUCGUGAGACCCGCCACGUCCGUCUCCCCCAGCUUAUUGCAGGUUCUCAAAUCCAUCCUUGAAAAAGAAGGACCAAAAUCUCUUUCGGGACUGGGUCCUAAUCUAAUUGGUGUGGCUCCUUCCAGGGCCGUCUACUUUGCAUCGUACUCGAAAGCCAAGGAGCAGUUCAAUACCAUAUUUGUUCCCAACAGUAACCUCGUGCACAUGUGUUCUGCAGGAUGUGCAGCAUUUGUUACAAAUACAAUGAUGAAUCCAAUCUGGAUGGUGAAAACACGAAUGCAACUUGAGAGAAGGGUGAAAGGUUCCAAGCAGAUGAAUGCGCUGCAGUGUGCUCGCUACGUGUACCAGACAGAGGGCAUGAGGGGCUUCUACAGGGGUCUCACUGCCUCAUAUGCAGGGAUCUCUGAGACAAUUAUCUGCUUUGUCAUAUACGAGGGAUUAAAGAAACACCUGGAGGAGCUGCACCUUUCAGCGGCCAAUGCCAGUACCGGAGAGAAGACCUCUGCCAACUUCUUAGGGUUAAUGUUUGCUGCUGCCUUCUCCAAGGGAUGUGCCUCCUGCAUUGCGUACCCACACGAGGUCAUCCGCACAAGGCUUCGAGAAGAAGGGAGCAAGUACAAUACCUUCUGCCAGACGGCGCGGCUGGUGGCGCGGGAGGAGGGCUACGCAGCCUUUUACAGAGGACUUUUAGCUCAACUUUUCCGGCAGAUUCCCAACACUGCCAUUGUCCUUUCAACUUAUGAACUUUUAGUCUAUUUUCUUCGCGAUAAAGCCAAGUAAAGCAGCGAAGGUGGAAAUGGACACUGACCAAACUGAGACUCUUGUACUGUAAAGGACGUUGGACACUCACGGCCUUCUCACCACCUUUUAUCUUUCUGGGAAGUUUUAUUUCUCAUUAACGUUAGUUAAUUUGUAUAUUUUGUUAUUUUAAAACUUGCAGAGUCCUGAUACUCACUGAUGCUGCUAGAUAAUGAGAUCUGCUAUUUAAUAUACAGCCUCGGCUGACACGGUAUUCUUCACCGGUUGCAUCUAAUUUAUAUCUAUAAAGAACUAGAGUGAAAGAACCGAAAAAAUGUCUGGUCCUGUGAUGAUUUCCUGAACGCCUGCAGUGAAGUGUGCAUCCAGGAGGGGGCAGUAACACCAUCAAUGAUCCUUGUUUUCCGUACAACUAUCUCCAGUUACUGGAACUGGAGAGGGGCAGAGCCUCAAAACGAGGGGAGAUACCUUAUUUCUGGUAAUGAAGAGGGAGAUUUGUCAACUGAGAAACCAACAUUGUUUAGGUCAUCACUUUUGUGACUAUUGCAGGCAUUGUCAUUUUCCAACAUGUACAUUGUAAAUGCAUUUUAAUUAAAUAUGAGGUAGCACCAUUGGUAGCCUGGGCUGAAGCUAAUAUAGCAGCCUCACGAGUUAUCCUGGUCAUAGACCUAAAUCAUUGGUCGCAAUUAGGCUCCAUUCACACAU